CAAAACCCCAACUGCCAACGACCCCUUGGCUGUCAGUCUCCAUUAAAGAGUUAGGCAAUGUCAAUCCAUAAUAGAUCAGCCACGUUUACAAAACUUCAUCGGAUCUCAACUGUAAAAGCCUUCCCAACCGAUUAAUCCUCCGAGAACUUUCGAAACUCCUUCAACAAAGUCUACUCUUUUACACGUUUAUAUAAACCCAAACCCUCUCUGCUUCUUCUUCUCUCUGCCUUCCUCAUCAGUUAGAGAGAGAGAGAGAGAGAGAGAGAGAGAGAGAGAGAGAGAGGGAAUAUCAUGGCUUCUUCAAUCUCAUCAAUGUGCGCUUCUCUUCUUUUAGUCUUUCUUGUUCUCCAACCUCUGGCUGCCACCACCGUUGGCGAACUUCUCUCUCCUCUUCUCUCUCCUGUCUUUGAUGAUGUGUGCAAAGAUGUGGAAUGCGGGAAAGGAUUAUGCAAGGCUUCAAGCAAUAGUGCUUUCUUCUUUGAAUGUGAAUGUCAGCCUGGUUGGAAGCAGACCAGCUCUGGCCACACUGAUCACCUCAAAUUCCUCCCUUGUGUCAUUCCCAAUUGUACCCUGAACUACUCCUGCACAAAAGCGCCUGCUGCUGUUGAAGAGAAGGAUACCAAACCCAAUGAAACCAUUUUCGAUCCCUGCUACUGGAGUCACUGUGGAGGCGGUUCGUGCAACAAGGCUUCCAAAUUCACGUACAAUUGCAUAUGUCCGGCGGGUUACUACAAUCUUCUGAAUAUCUCUAGUUUCCCUUGCUUCAAAUCAUGCGAGCUUGGAAUGGAUUGCACCAACCUCGGGAUUACAACCGCAAACCAAGCAGCGUCUUCAACACCAUCUAUGGCUGACAACAAUAAGAAUCAAGCUAGCUCAAUUACUCGCGGGCGUUCCCUUUGGCUGAUGAUCACAAUGGUGCUCGUCGGAAUGAUCCUUUCGAAAUAUAACUAGUAAAUGCACCGACGAUUUCGUUAUCCAUUCUGCGUAGCUUCUGUACAUAUUGCUGUGAUUUAAGAUUAUUAGCUGUUAUAUUUCUAUGUAAAAGAUUUUCUAUAUCUAAAUAAGUUUAUUGAUAUAAUCCUCUAGGUUUUAAAAUUUCACGUAUAGACAUAGGGUGCAGAGGAGAGGAUAUUUUGGCUGAGCUCUUUUCCCUGCCAUGAUCAGUCAGUCAUAUUGGUUGUGUAUUAAACAAAAAAUUGCCGUUUUGUUUAUUGAUAUAUUAUUGCGUAUAAAAGUUGUUAUCG